UUUAGAAAUUUCUGAAGUACUUAGCUUGCUGGUGAAUUAGAUCAUAGUUUACCUUCUACAUAGACGUGCCUGUAACCACAAUAAUAAUAAUAAUAAUAACAAUAACAAUAAUAAUAAUACAUCAAAAAGACGGUGGUCCUGUGCUUGCGACAUCAUCGAGAUGCUGCGCUGCUGUUUGUUUUGUUGAUGUUUUGUUGCUGCUGGAACAGCCACUCGUAACUCGGUUACAACCGUUACUUAUCGGGUCGUUGUAACGGUAUGCUUGGCUACCGCAUCCUACCCACCAGAUUAGCAUGGGGUCAUUAUUCCGAAGUGAAGAGGUCUGUCUGGUCCAACUCUUUCUACAAUCAGGAUCUGCCUACAAUUGUGUUAGCGAACUGGGAGAACUAGGAUUUGUUGAAUUCAGAGACUUGAACCCCAAAGUGAAUGCCUUUCAGAGAAAGUUUGUCUCAGAGGUGAGAAGAUGUGAAGAAAUGGAGAAGACCUUUUCAUUCCUGGAGCAGGAGAUCAUUCGCUGUCUCUCUCCUCCACUGUCUGGACCUCUUCCCCUUCCCAGCCCACUACCCCCAGCUCCUCAACCCAGAGAGCUUCUCACAAUUGAGGAGGAGAGCGAGAGACUGGCCAGAGAACUCAGAGAGGUAUCAAGGAACAGAGACAGUCUACAGAACCAGCUGUCCCGGCUUAGCCAGUAUAGAGGUGUUCUUGCCCAGACCCACCAAAUCUCAGCCUCACAGGUCUCACUGCCUACUUUGGAAACCACAACUCUGUUAGAUGACAGACAUGACGUCAGACUGAGUUUUAUUGCUGGUGUGAUCCAUCCGUGGAAGGCGGCUGCCUUCGAGCGGCUGCUCUGGCGAGCCUGUCGUGGCUUCAUCAUCGUAGACUUCUGGGAGAUGAAUGAGAAGCUUGAGGAAGAAGACACUAGGGAGAUGGUGCAGUGGAGAGUGUUUCUUAUAUCCUUCUGGGGAAAGCAGAUUGGUCAGAAAGUAAAGAAGAUCUGUGAUUGUUUCCACACACACACCUUUGCUUACCCAGAGUGUUCAGAGGAGAGAGACGAGAUACUACGGGGGCUGCAGGAUAGAAUCAUUGACAUCAGAACAGUGCUCUCGCAGACAGAGUGCUACAUGCAGCAGCUGCUGGCCCGCUGUGUGAGCACACUGCCGCAGUGGAGGGUGCGCGUGCAGAAGUGCAAGGCAGUGCAGGCCAUCCUGAACCUGUGCAGCCCCUCUGUAACAGACAAGUGCCUGAUCGCUGAGGCCUGGUGCCCCGUGAAAAGGCUGCUUCUGCUGCAGAGCGCCCUGGUAGAGGGCACGAGGAAGAGCGGGAGCAGUGUGGAGUCGUUCUACAACCGCCUACCUGCCCCCAGCUCCCCCCCGACCCUCUUCAAUACCAAUGCCUUCACCUCUGGCUUUCAGAGUAUUGUGGAGGCGUAUGGGGUGGCGAGCUAUCGAGAGGUCAACCCAGCUGUGUAUACCAUCAUCACAUUUCCUUUCCUGUUUGCGGUGAUGUUUGGGGAUGUUGGCCAUGGUUUGCUCAUGACACUGGCAGCUCUCUGGAUGGUACGGCAAGAGAGAGACCCCAAAAUGACAAGCAGCACCAGCGAGAUGUGGCAGACAGUCUUUGGCGGGCGUUAUCUAAUUCUGCUAAUGGGACUGUUCUCCAUCUACACCGGUGCUAUUUAUAACGAGUGCUUCAGCAAAGGCCUCAGUCCAUUCCCUUCCGGCUGGCAUGUCAAGUCUAUGAAUUGGAGUGAUGACACCCUUAGGGAAAACCAGUACCUCACUCUGGAUCCAAACAUUACUGGAGUGUUCCAGGGGCCUUACCCUUUUGGAAUUGACCCGAUAUGGCGGCUGUCUUAUAAUCACCUGACCUUCCUCAACUCGUAUAAGAUGAAGAUGUCGGUUAUCAUAGGGGUGAUACACAUGACUUUUGGAGUCUGCCUGUCACUUUUCAACUACAUGCACUUUGGGGACAUGAGCAGUGUGUACCUGGUGUUGAUUCCUGAGCUGGUGUUUAUGCUCUGCCUGUUUGGGUACCUAGUCUGUAUGGUCGUGUUUAAGUGGGUCACUUUUGGGCCACACAACUCAAACCGUGCUCCAAGCGUACUUAUCCACUUCAUAGACAUGUUCCUGUUCACUCAGAGUCCAGACAACCCGCCCCUCUACACAGGACAGAUGGUGGUGCAGACGAUGCUUAUGGUUUUAGCUUUUUGUGCCAUUCCUGUUCUGUUACUUGGAAAGCCACUUCACCUUUACCUCAAACAUAGAAGGAGCAGGGUUGCGGAGUUUUCCAUUGCUGAGGCCUUUAUGCAUCAGGCCAUUCAUACUAUAGAGUACUGCCUGGGCUGUAUCUCCAACACUGCUUCCUACCUACGGCUGUGGGCCCUUAGUCUUGCCCAUUCGCAGCUUUCGGAGGUGCUGUGGGUAAUGGUAAUGAGGAUCUCUCUUGCAUGGCAAGGCUACGUGGGAUCUGUCUUCCUGGCAGUCAUCUUCUCUUUCUUUGCCAUGCUUACUGUAUCUAUCCUGCUUGUCAUGGAAGGGUUGUCUGCUUUCCUGCAUGCCCUGCGUCUGCACUGGGUGGAAUUUCAGAACAAGUUCUACAGGGGAACAGGACACAGACUGAACCCUUUCUCAUUUACAUCAAACAUGCAUCGGACAUAAACUGACAAGUUAAUUACACUUAGUUUCAAACUAAUAUUGGACUGAAAUUUAAUUUUUUUUUGAAUAUAUAUGGUUUGUUUUAAAGUUUAGACUUAAUGUCUAAUGUAUUAUUUGUAUGGUACAUGCUUAUAGCAAUAGUUAUAACCAAAUAAGGUUUUUUCUCAGGAAAUGUUUAAAUUUGCAGUGGCCUUGAUGUUAAGCAUAAGAGGCCUGCAAUAAUUCUGUGUAGUUCCACUCACUAGCACAGGUUUUGUUCUGGUCCUGUGAUUUCCAGUGUCCUGUGCAUUUCUGUGUUCCCUUUCCUGAGUGAAAUUUUGUAAAACAUGCCAAAUCUGCUUUUUUUAUUCAUUUGAAAACGCUUGUCUGAAUGAGAAAAGCUAUGCAGUACCUUGCUCGUCCCUUUCCUCCACCAUGCAUUUUCUUUCCACUUAUUUACGAGUCAUUUACGAGUCCAGAAAAUGUAGUGUUCAGCAGACGAAGCUUUGGGGAGCUUCUUCCUGCUACUGCAGGGCAUACUGGAGCGUUGACAGCCAACGCCGAACAGCGACCUCUCAUGGUGUGCGGAAGGUAUUGCAAUCGUAGGUUCAAAACCGCCUAGCCCUGGGAACUGCAACGCUCUACCCGUCAUAUUUCCUUAAAAAUAUCAUCCAUGUUUUGGUCAUUAAACUGCUUUAAUAAAUGUGUUUUAUAACAAUUGUCAACAUGCGGUAAAACUAAAUGCUCCAAACUACUGAAAACCUUGGGAGCCAACGGGUCGGCCUGCUCUAAAAUAUUUUAACGUUUUUCCUCGUUGCUUUCAUAUUUUCCAUAUUUAUAAUUUGACAGUAAAAAUAUGUCCAGGCAUUUUAUGCAUUCUUAUAGAGUGGGAGUAAUAGCACAGCAAUAUCAUAUUUUGGCUUUAGCAAGAUUCUGACUUCUCCAUCCCGUCCUAUUUUGAAAGAUAUUUUUUGCGAUGUUUAGGUGUCUUUUGGGCUACUUUUUCCAUUCAGGUUUUUUGUGCAUUUUCAAAAUUCACAAAAACGUGGUGGAUGGAAAACUCAUUAUAGACUGUGGUACAAGCUUGGAUACGUUUCGCAAACUAAUCCAUACAAGAGAAUGAAACUCGCCGUGCAUAAAUUAUAGCGCAUAUUAGCUGAAUUCCCACUUGUACUUCCGCCCCAGACCAAUAGAUGGCGAGAACAGCACCACAGCCCCUCACUCGGGUAGGUUCCACAGUAAAACCUCACGGCUGAGAUCCGUGUCCAGACCCUUCUCACAUAAGACUUAACGUCUUUUUAAAAUGAGCUAACUUCAAUUGAUUGUCAAAAAAUGAUUUACUUGCCGUUAUGUCAAUUGUGACUGGUCUUAAAGAUUGUGAAAAAACAGUGAGUUUCUAAACACAGGAAGGUUGCAGAAUUCCAGUUUACAUACAAAAACAUACAGAAGAGAGAAGGCUAUACGGGAAGAAAACAAGGAUGCGGAUGUAAGGUAGAUGUUAAUAUAAAAAGUGUGUCCGUGAUGGAAUUGAUGGUUCCAUAUAGGGACCUUCAUUUGAAACAUUUGAGUAUGUUCCUCAUUCUAAGUUACCUUUAGCACAUUGUCAGUGCUCAACUUCUUUAUAUAUAAAGGAGAGGGAAAAAAAAAAAAAA